GCCCCCCUGCCUGCUCCCCAUGCCCUGUGCCGGGGUAUGGGCGCACAGCCACAGCGCUGCGGCCUUCACACGGCAUCACAGCGCCCCGGGGCUGAGCCCGGGCGUCGUGCGGUACCGUGCGGGGACACGCGGUGGCACAGCACGGCACAGCACGGCCCGCCUGCCGCUCCGGCCCAGGGCUCCCCGCCCGCAGCCCGUGUCGCUGAGUCACGGUGCCGCCUGCAGUCCGCCGAGCCGCCCUCCCGCCGCCAGGGGGCGCACGCGGUCAGCAGCGGGGCGCGGUCGCCGUCACAUUACGCCACGGCAGCGCGCCGCCCUCCCGCCCGCCCGCCGCCAUCAUGCUCCGCCGCCUGCCCCGGGGCUCGGCCCGCAGCCCCCUCCCGCCGCCCGCAGCCCGCUCCGCCGUGACCGCUGUGCCGUUGGCCCACGCCGAGAUGGGUGUCCGAGGCACGCGCCCACCCCUGGUGCUGCUCCACGGCCUCUUCGGCAGCCACGGCAACUUCCAGACGGUGGCCAAAGCGCUGGUGCGGCGCGUCGGUGGCCAGGUGAGGCCACGGGGGGCGGCCGCAGAGCCCCCCAUUUCACGGGCAGUCCCGCAGGUGUGGGGGCCGUGAGCAGCGCCCGGCCCCAGGUGACGCAGUGCCCCCCGGCUGGGCAGGUGCUGACGAUGGACGCACGCAACCACGGCAGCAGCCCCCACAGCCCGCUGAUGACGUAUGAGGCGAUGAGCGUGGAUGUGCAGCACCUCCUGGCCCACCUGGGCAUCCACAAGUGCAUCCUCGUGGGACACAGCAUGGGCGGCAAGACGGCCAUGGUGCUGGCUUUGCAGCGGCCAGACUUGGUGGAGCGUCUUAUCUCCGUAGACAUCGGUCCUACCUCAACCGCGCUUAUCUCCGAGUUCCCUGCCUACAUCUCCGCCAUGAAGUCAGUGAACAUCCCGGCUGGCCUGUCCCGCUCCACAGCCCGCCAGCUGGCUGACAGUCAGCUGAGUUCCACGGUCCAGGACCCUCAGCUGAGACAGUUUCUUCUCACCAACCUGGUGGCGGUGGAGGGCCGCUACAUCUGGAGAGUGAACCUGGAUGCUAUUUCCCAUCACUUUGCAGAUAUCAUGAGCUUCCCUGUCUUCCACAAGCCAUAUCCUGGCCCUGUGUUGUUUUUGGGAGGAUCCAACUCGCCCUAUAUCAGUUCCAAAGACUACCCAGAGAUCCAACGCCUCUUCCCCAAAGCAGAUGUCCAGUUCAUUGAAGGGGCAGGCCACAUAGUCCAUCAAGACAAGUUUGAAGACUUCAUCACUGCUGUCCUCAAUUUCUUGCCACCACCGUAGUGCUGGCCACCGGGGUUUCUGCAAGCGCUGCAUGGGACCCAGGGAGCUCUGCGCUGGCCAAAGAGAGGAUGAGCCCAGAGCAGCUGCCACCUUUGCAGUCUGAGGACGUCUCCCAGCCCUGCUCACAUGGAGCCAGAGCAGAGGCCCAGCCCUCCAAGCCCUCCUGCCACCUCCCGGGGACAUGGGGUGGCAUUGGCUGAGGACAUGGCCUGCGUGCACCCCAGUGCUUCGGACACAAGGAGCGGGCAGGAGAGCCCUCUCCUUUUCCUACCACCUUACCAUGUGGUGGUGGAGCUGACAGUGAUGUGCAGCACUUGCAAUAAACCUGAAUCCAUGCCAA